UCACGCAGAAGCCAUGCACGUACGUCCAAGCAUGCACAUGUGUGCUCAUGUCCACCUCUGCCGUUGCUUUGCUGUGCAGUGCACAGCUAGCUAAGGCUGUGGGUCCGCCGGCCAUCUGGCUCAUGUCCUGCUCGGCCGCCGUUGUGCUGUGCACAACAGCUAGCUGAAGCUAUGGGUUCGCCGGCCACGUAUAUACGUUGCUCACGUCCUGCUCGGCCAUUUAUUGUCGUGAACAGCUAGCUAAAGCUCUGGCGUCGCCGUCGGCCACCGUAGAUGCAUGGGUGUGCAUGCUUCACGGCGUGUCAAUUUUGGCAAAUGUGUGUUGUUUUCGCAACGUAUUUUGUCACUGCCUUCCGCUUUAUGGGAAGAGCAUCCAAAGACUCCCAACUGAAAGCACCCAGAGACGUCCAAGAAAAAAAGGGUAUCCAAAGACUCCAGGCCAGCAGAGGAUGUGGCCAGCGGUCUAGAGUUCUCUGUUGUCGCUUUGGGCCGGAUAUACGAUGGUGCGUCGGCGAUGAGGUGUCCUGCCAAGGGCGGGCAUGAACGGGCGAUGGAGAGACCGAUGGCGUGGCCGGAGGGAAAAUGCAGGCAGGCAUAUGUUCAUCCAAGAAGAGGUGCCGUCGAGGCCGAUAGCUUGCAUGGGGUCACGUUUCUUUUUGCCCGGUCCAAGGAACUAUAUUGGAGCCAGAUGCAGUUUAAUUGUCUGCUUCCUCUUUCUUUUGAAGAGCUUGUGAAAAAGAAACACGCUGGGAAGAUCAUGAUGAAAAUGUGAACGAUGAUGCUAUUCAGUGAACGUUCGCAGAAUAUUCAUGUCAAAAGUCAAGGUUUUUUUUUUUUGCAGUGUUGGGAGUAUGGCAAUUCCUUCAAGUGAAUAUGGCAGUUUUCGCAGCAAGCGCUCUGUUUGCCGGAAUUUGUCAUGUGGUUUGGAAGAAAUUGCCAUAAAAAAAGUUCAUAAUUGCCAUGCCCUCCUCUCAACGAACGUUCGCUGCUAUUGGGGUCUUGACUAAUUAACCUUAGGAUGAGGAGAUAAGGCGCUGAACCAUAAUAAUUAACAAUAGCACAUCCUCUGCAUAGGCGUCGGCCCCAUGCCGUUAUCCCAUCUUUUGUUUUCCUUUUCUUUUCUUUUUGCAACCCCCUCCCCCUCCCUCAAUACUUUGAAAUGGGUGUCGGUACGAUAGUUGGCGGUCACACACAAUUCCAAAGAUGCUGAAAGCUUAAAGAUUUGACAAAGUCCUUUUGUAUUUCAUCUUAGAUUUUACUAUAAGGAAUCUUUUAAAGACAAGUAUACUGUGAGGCACAAGGACCGAAAACUCAGAAACCACCGGUGCAUCAUCAUCACUGGACCCAAGUUCAUUCAACACCAGUGGACACGAACUUGAUACAUACUUCUAUAAGCAACAUAGCCUUAUACAAAAAUGUUACUAUUGUCACUCGAAACUGCUCCAACGCGCCCCUAUGACGACAACCACUCCGGCCCUGCCGCACACCUCCACUUUUGAUGUGGUCGCGCUUGCCAUCCGCAAAUCCGAUCCUGCCAUUGGAGGAUGGAUGGUGGGACACUCGCUCCUUCCCUAGGCUGCAAAGGCACCAACUCUGGACCCACUACCCUAGCCAGUGCCUCCUCCGGCCUACUACAACUCCCCCUUCAUCGAUCCCUUUAGGUGCAGUCCAGUGACGACCCGUCUUCCUCCACCACCCUUGCCCGUUCCAUAUUGGGAGGAGCUAGACCCGAUCAUUGUGUUGCCGCUGCCAUGUCUGGAAAUGGGGUGGACGCCGAGCUCUGCCCCCUCACAAUAUAUAGGUACAUGUGUGUCAACUCCUAGGAGGCUUGGGUCCGCGCUGCCACCUCUGCAUGGGCGCCCCUACCGGCCCCGCGACCUACCUCCUCUGGCGUUGGCUACCCCAGUUGCCGCACCACAUUUGGAGGCCGCCUCCGCCGCCUCAGGAGGGACGUGCCCCUGACCAGAUUGAGCAGGUGCUUGGGUCUCCACCACCUUCUACGCCUGGCCAUCCACGCCGACCCCACGUCUGGCUUCCCUCAGCGAUGACAACUCGGCCUCAACGCUGACCACUCCUCGAACGUUGUUGCCACCUCCUACAUCGGUCGUCCUCACAAGUUUGUCGCGCGCCAUUGCUGAAUGUGACAUGUUCACCCUGGUGGCCUCUCCCAUGCGCCUAGGUUAGGGUGGAGGGUGUAGUUGUAUCAACCGAGACAUGAAGCCUGCUACUUACUUGUGUUGCGAUCCAACACGUCGUGGGGAACUGUUGGGGACUAGCACCUCGUCAAGGCAAGGCGUCAUGGCUCACCACCUUCACCGGCCUUCCACCGUCCUGCUUGCAAUGCGUAGCUGGCUCCUCUGACGUGGAUGAGGGACCAACGCUUUUGGUGCCUCUCAAAAGGUCGUUGAGCCUGCUCCCGCAGGGGCGCAAUUCGGUGCAUGAACUACCUAUGACUCGGUGACAUCGUCCGAUUUGGCCAUGCAAAGCUCUUCAUCAACCUAAAUACACAGCUUCGAUGUGUUGCACUACCGCUUCCCACAAUGCCUAGAUGUACCAUUGCAGACCGUCCUCAUGCAACAAGCGAGCUGCAAGGCUGCCUAGUGAGAGUUCGGAGGAUUUUGGUGAGUCGCAGGCUCUUCUUGGCAGGCUCCUAGUUGUGCCUCUGCUGGACUAGCUCUUGGGUUCCGCGAGUGAGGGGAAAACAUACCUCUAUGGUUGUUUCUCACCUUGUUCAGGCCUUGAAGUCACCGUCUGUUGUGCCGUCUGCCUCUGGAAUUGAGGCCAUCGUCGGGUCGUUGCUCCGGUUUCGCAAACCAUGUUAGAACUUCAGCAACUACGUGGGGUGGCUGAUUUGCCUCUUUUGAUGGUGCAUCUAGGGCCAGUCUUGCUUGAGACCUCAGCGCACACACCGCCAUUACCGGAACCCAACCAACCUCUCGCCUUCAUGGAGCGUGUAGGUUCGGAUGUUGUUAUCUUUCACUUGCUGGAGUCCGUCGGGUAAGUGGUUCAGAGGGUCACGAGGUCAUUGCGUCCGGUGCAUUUGCACCUACUCGCAAGGCUCUUUUCACAUUAAAGCUUUACGACUUUAUUGCCAGCUUGGAGGCCGCUAGCCCUAAAUUUGGCAAGACAAUUGGUUGGUUCCUAACCGUUGGGGCAAUUGAGAAGAGGCGCGCUGGCUGAUCCGCAGCCUGAAGUAGAAGUAUUUUAGGAUCAAAAGCAAGAAGAAUGGCGGUAUUAGGAAGGCGUUUGCGUCUGCUUGAUGGAUGCAACGUCGAUAUUAGGAAGGCGUCUAUGGCUGGUUGAUGAAUGCACCGUCCAUUUGGUGUUGUCCGAUGCCUUGGUCUAUGUAUUUUCGUUGGGUGUACGUUUGGUGAUGUCGUGAUCCAUGUGUCAGGGCUUUCCCGCACCUCCCGGGUCGCCUCCACUUGGGCAAUUCCGGAGGCUCCACCUGAACAUAGACAAGCCUUCCCAGCCCGAUUCCCCUGGCCGCUGCCGCCGCCGGCGCCCGGCUCGACGAAGGUGGAGGGCAGAGGAGGCACGCUAUUGUGGUGCAUCUAUGCGGGGAUGCACGACGACAGAUGCACGUGCGAGGUGGUCUGUGGAGAUGAAGACGAGGUGCGGCGGCGCUGGGUGACUCCGGAGACAGCGAAUCAGACGUGGCCGGCGCACGGCGGCGUGAUCUGCCAUGGUGUGUGACCGCGGCGGCAGGCCUGUUCAGGGUCCGAUCUGGGCCGACGGGCCACGGCCAUUGCGCCCUUUGGACGGGCGGACGACUGUCGACAAGUCAGUGUGCUGCACUAGCACGAUGCGGCGCAGCCGCGCUCGGGAUGCGGCAGCGCUGGCCCUGUUUGGGUCUGAUCUGGGUCCAACGGGCGGUGGCUGCCACUCGCGCAACGCCGGAUGACCAGCACGGUCGGCGCGUUCGUCUUCUCCUCUGCAGCCGGCCGGUGGCAUGGGGGCUGCUGGCUCGGCCAGAAUAACGCUGGUUUGGCCCUGCCGAUCUUCGAGUGCCAAGUCUUCGAUCUGCUUCAUGCUGGCCUUCUCGAUCUGCACGCCGACGAGUUCUGAUCUUCCUCUCGAAGAUUUCCGCUAUUUGACGCAUGGCGCCGCUGGAUAUCUAGAUCGGAGUCGAUCUGGUCGUGUGCUCCCUUAUCUUCGGCCAGAAAGGCUUCAUGAGGGUGUGACGCAAAGCUUUGCUAUCUUUCCGGUGCCAUGGGACAUGUCUAAGCAUAGAUUUCCAUGCAUUGAUAGUGGUGAGGAAAGUCAUGGCGGCUGCGAUCGGAGGCUUGUAAUGGUGGAGAGGAGUUUUGGUCACGAUGAAGACUUGGGGCACAGGAGUUUCCUGUGUGUCGGGUGUUGAGUACUUGCAGCAGCGGCCUUGGCAGAAGGGGGCGGUAACACAGGUGGAAAGCAUUUCUGGUGGUGCUCUCAACUACCGAGCCGCGAUUUCCAGGGUGAAAGCCCAAGGUCUGGCCUUCAUUAGUUGUACCUGGCAACGGCCCUGCCAAAGACAUUGUUUUGGGACCUCGGUCUUUCUUCAGGGUGAAAACUCAAAAUCCUUGAUCCGGCGACUACAACGCUUGUGCAUUGUUUCCUUCUUAGAGGCGUUGCUUUUGAAGAACCACUUUUGCGGUCCGAGUGUUGUCUUUGGUAGUGGUUAGAGUGUUGUUGUUGCGAGUGUCGCAUCACUGCGACAGUGCCUUUAUUUUUAUAUUUCUCUUUUUUUUAUUUUGCUCUUGGCUAUGUGCAUCCUGGAUGCCUUUCGAUUUCUUGUUGGUGCAGAGGCUGGGUGUAAUUGGUAUCCUCGCGAUAUUAUUAUAUUCCUCUUUUUAAAAAAAAUGCGUCGGGGCUUUCCGAUUGUAGCAUGUUUCAGAUUAAGAUACAAGGAAUUGAGAGUGCCCUAAAAAUAUUGGAAUGCAAAAUUAAUUGUACAUUUAGUAUUCCCCAAAGUUGGAUGUCGGGUUGAUUAGCUACCAAGCUUUCCUUUAUUUAUUAUAUGACAAAAAAUCACGGUAUCUAUUCGUAUUGACUCAAUUUUAGCAUAAAAUAAUUAUUUGCAUGUAUGCAAGUUUGCACUAUAGCCAAAUAUAUGUUUUUUUAGCGGGACAAAAGAUAUGGACUUGAUCUUCUGAAGCAUUGUCAAGUCUUUCCGAUUCUAGACUUAGCAGAUUAGCGUAUGGGCACUUAGUUGCAGUCGGGAGUUUGUUCCCUAGAAGCUUCUGAAAGAGCAAAAUAGGGUAGCAAAUUGUUGGGCAUUAUAUUAUCGUGAUGAGCGGUGUGUGGCUUGGUCAAGGACCUCCUUGUAUAGAGCAAUUACUGCCUCUGAAUUGUAACCCUAUCAAUAUAUGGAAUAAAACUUCCUUUUUCCUCGCAAAAAAAGCCAUAAGUAGCACGAUUUUAAUGCAUUCACACAUAAUGCACAAAUGUUGCGCGUCCUGCCUAGUCCGUUUGAGCCAAAGAUUUGUUUUUUUCUUUUCCUUUUUGCGUUCGAGCUGACUUCAGUCAAAGAUUGAAACAAUUAGCAACACACCGCCUUGGCAUUAUCAAGCACGGAUUAAUUACCCUAUGCCUAUAUAUUCACCUCUCUCCGUCAACUAAAACAUACCACCAGUUCAGUAGAAGUGACAUAUCACUGGAAAAAAGAAAAGAAGAAGUGACAUACACACUGGUGGUUACCAUGGGGAAAUUGCUCACUUUUUUGCUCUGCAUUUCGCUGUUUGAAGGGUGGAUGGUCCAGUCGGUUCCCUAUGAUUAUACCGCGAGCAUUAAGUGCUUGAGCAGCCCGAUACGAGCUCUGUACAAGGGCGGCAUUAUCGAGAACAGCGAGUUCAACAGCGGCCUGACGGGCUGGUCGGUGCCGUGGGGCGUGACGGCCAACGUGAGCAGCUCGCCGUCCGGCAACAACUUCGCGUUGGCGUCGGCGAGCAACAAUGGCCAGCCGUCGCGCAGCGUCUACCAGAAGAUCCAGAUGGAAACCGCCCACCACUACUCCCUCUCGGCAUGGUUGCAGGUUUCGUCCGGCACGGCGGUGGUGAGAGCCGUCUUCAAGGAUCCCAACGGCGCGUUCAUCGCCGGUGGAGCCACCGUCGCCAGGUCCGGCUGUUGGAGCAUGCUCAAGGGCGGCAUGACCGCCUUUGCUUCCGGCCCAGGCGAGCUCUUCUUCGAGGCCGAUGGUAGGGUGGACAUCUGGGUGGACAGCGUGUCUCUGCAGCCCUUCUCCUUCCCCGAGUGGGAAGAGCACCGUCGUCUGUCGGCCGGCAAGGCCCGCCGGAGCGUCGUCAAGGUGGUCGCCCGGGCCGCCGACGGCGUCCCACUGCCGAACGCCAACGUGAGCGUCAAGCUCCUCCGGCCCGGGUUCCCGUUCGGCAACGCCAUGACCAAGGAGAUCCUCGACAUCCCGGCCUACGAGCAGUGGUUCGCGUCCCGGUUCACCGUGGCCAGCUUCGAGAACGAGAUGAAGUGGUACAGCACGGAGUGGAUGGAGAACCACGAGGACUACACCGUCGCGGACGCCAUGCUGCGGCUCGCCCAGAAGCACGGCAUCGCGGUGCGCGGCCACAACGUGCUCUGGGACACCAACGACACGCAGGUGUCGUGGGUGAAGCCGCUGGACGCGCAGCGGCUGAAGGCGGCCCUGCAGAAGCGGAUCAGCUCCGUGGUGUCGCGGUACGCCGGCAAGGUCAUCGCGUGGGACGUGGUGAACGAGAACCUCCACGGGCAGUUCUUCGAGAGCAGGCUCGGCCGCAACGCGUCGUCCGAGGUGUACCAGCGGGUGGCGCGGAUCGACCGGACGGCGAGGCUGUUCAUGAACGAGUUCGGCACGCUGGAGGAGCCGCUGGACGCGGCUGCCAUCUCCAGCAAGUACGUCGCCAAGCUGAAGCAGAUACGCUCCUACCCCGGCAACCGCGGCAUCAAGCUCGCCGUCGGCCUCGAGAGCCACUUCGGCACGCCCAACAUCCCCUACAUGAGGGCGACGCUGGACAUGCUGGCGCAGCUCAGGGUCCCCAUCUGGCUCACCGAGGUCGACGUCGGCCCGAAGGGCGCCCCCUACGUGCCGGUCUACCUGGAGGAGGUGCUGAGGGAAGGCUACGGGCACCCCAACGUGGAGGGCAUGGUGAUGUGGGCGGCCUGGCACGCGCAGGGCUGUUGGGUCAUGUGCCUCACGGACAACAACUUCAACAAUCUCCCCGCCGGCGACCGCGUCGACAAGCUCAUCGCUGAAUGGAGGGCACACCCAGAGGGCGCCACCAUGGACGCCAACGGCGUGACCGAGCUGGACCUCGUCCACGGCGAGUACAACUUCACGGUGACUCACCCGUCGCUUGGCUCGCCUGCCGUGCGCACUUUGACGGUGGACGCGUCGUCGUCUGCGGUGGAGCACACUAUAGACAUCAAGGUGUAGGGACUAGGGAACGACACAUACACAAUACACAGCAGCUUAGUUUCAUCUGCUAUGUAAACUAAGCUAUCUUCAGAAAUAUACAAAUAAAAAGUUAUCUUCAGAAA